AUGCGUUCUACAAUCAUCAGUCCAGCGGUGGCCCUCCUGGGGCUUCUCCGUUUAGCGACAGCAGCUACGACGCCUGUCGCAUACACUGAUCCAAACACCGAUAUUGACUUUCAGCUGCUCGAUGCCAACGGUAACUUCAGCAUUGCUAUCGCUCUUCCUGAGACAAUUGAUACGGACUUCAUCGGACAACUUGUCGUACCGACAGGAGGAUGGGGAGCUGUCUCGUUUGGCGGAGGCAUGUUGAAUCGCCUUUUGCUUGUUGCUUGGGCCAAUGGUGAGGAGAUCGUCAGCAGUUUCCGUAUUGCUGGGGCUUACGCCAAUCCACCAACCUAUGAUGCCACCGCGGUUAGCGCGUUACCCAUCGCGAACGGAACCUUCGUCAACAGCACUCACUUCUCCUUCACCUUCCUCUGCAAGGGAUGCAUUGUGGGUGGUACUACCACUUUCAAGAAGACGGAUGAAAUCCCUGUACUCGGAUGGGCGCUCUCGUCUUCGAAACCUACCACCCCUUCUGACCCCGCCAGUGAACUGCCCUACCACGAUGGUGGCUUUGGUCUGUAUGGCCAGCCAGCUGCGGCAGCUCAGUCAGCCGAGUAUGAGACCUGGGCUUCGUGGGCAUCCGCAUCUACCGGCAACGGCACUGCUCCUGGCGCCGGCGGCAACACCAGUCCUCCUUCCACCGGCAAUGGCACAGCUAUUGUACCCACAACUUCAAACACAACCUAUGAUGUUAUCGUGGCUGGAGGCGGUACUGCUGGUAUCAUUGCAGCCGAGCGUAUUGCGGAGGCUGGUUUGAGUGUCCUUCUCAUCGAGCGUGGCCCUGCUAAUACCGUCGCUCUGGGAUCUUCCGAGGGUUUGGUGUGGAACAACACGCUUACGCAAUACGAUAUUCCAGCGCUUGGGAGUAGCUUGUCUACAAUCCCUGGCACGAAGAUCUGUAGUGAUACUGCCUCCAUGGCUGGAUGUCUUCUGGGAGGUUCAAGCUCUAUCAAUGGACAGAACUUCGUUCGACCCCCUCAGCACGAUUUCAAGAACUGGCCUGCUGGUUGGUCUUGGGAUGACAUGAGCGAGGCCGCAGACCGUCUGUACUCCCGCAAUCCCGGUACGACUCAGCCCUCGGCUGAUGGAAAGCACUACGAUGACAUGUCUUACACCACUGUGGAAUCCUAUCUCAAGGACCAAAGCUGGACGGAGAUCGACUCCAUCAAGACUCCAGAUGAGAAGCGCAUGAUUUACUCUCGUCCUGCAUGGUCUAUCGCUAACAAUCUGCGUGCUGGCCCUGCCAGGACCUAUAUGCCCUUCGCUGAGGCUCUUGAAAACUUUACUCUCAAGCUCGAGACUAAGGUCAUCCAGGUCAAACGCACUGGCAGUAGGGUUACCGGUGUUCUCGUCCAACUCGCAGAUGGCAGUCAGCAGAUCAUCAACCUGAACCAAGGCGGCAAGGUUGUCCUUGCUGGUGGUGCGCUUUCGACACCCAGGAUUUUGUGGAACUCUGGCAUUGGCAAGUCUGACGCUCUGAACAUCGUGCAGAGUGGCACUACUGGAGUUGAAUUACCCAAAGAGGCCGACUGGAUUGACCUUCCCGUUGGUCACGGACUCAAGGACCACGCUCAGGUACCUCUGCAGUUCAAGAUUUCCACCAACCACACCGCCUACAAGUUCGCUGAGAUUGCUUCGGACCCUGUUGAAUCUGAUCUGGACUUGUACAAGAGCGGCUCCGGAAUCUUGACCCAGGCCGCGCAAAGGAUGCACUUGUGGACGUCUGUGAAUGGUACUGAUGGCAAGGAGCGUUUUCUUCAGGGUACUGUCAGCAACAUGAAAGAUGGCAUCAUCACUAUCAGGACUUUCCUUACUCAUGGAACCACUUCCACUGGCGAGCUCGGUAUCACAGCCGGCGGCAACACUGUCCUCAACGUGAAGCCCUGGUUGACCGAUGCCGCCGACAAGGAAGCUCUCUCCAGUUUCAUCCAGUGGUGGAUGGACACAACCAGCAAGGGUAAUAGCACUGUCAAUACUUCUAUUGCUCUAGACGCAGGCUCAACCCCCGAGUCUAUCAUUACCUCUAGCUUGAUCUCUGGUGAUCAUUGGGUUGGAACGACUAAGAUGGGCACUGACGACGGGCGAACCGAUGGUACCAGCGUCGUGGAUACCGACACUAAGGUCUACGGCACAGACAAUCUCUUCGUCGUCGAUGCCUCCAUCCAUCCCGACCUACCGACCGGCAACACACAGGCCAUCAUCAUGAUUGCCGCUGAGCACGCAGCUGAGAAAAUUGCGACCUUCAAGGUUGGAAAUGGCACAAGCCCUGCAACUCCGUCCGUACCAGAAGCUUCUACACCAACCCUCUCGAUCACACCUGAAGCUGCCACAUCCGUCGCUGCAACGCCUAGAUUAGACUGGGUAGCAAAUGGGUCGGGGUUGAAUUGGGUUAGGUCGCUAUCCUAG